GAAAAAUAGCAGAAUAUAAAAAUAACCAGCGUAUUUGACUCAGAAGACAGGAAUAUUUGCAUAUCGUCACAUAAUACCCAGUCAUGUUCUUAUAUAUUUUAACUGUUUUCUUUUUGGAUCUGGACCAGAGUACCCAACCAUAAGUGUGAACGCAGUCUAAGCAAACAAAAGAGGAGGAGUUGUGAUGACAAUUUAAAGAUAAAGAGUUGUUAAACAGCUGAUAGGAAAUAUGAUUAAUGAAAUAUAACGAAUAUUAUUUUAAAACAUGAUUCAAAAUACGAAUCAUAAUGUCAAACAAUAUUUUCCAAAAGCGGAUCUAGAAAAACGUUGUCAAUUAAAAAAAUGUAAAUCAACAAUGACAAAAAAAUGCGACUCCGGUGGGACUCGAACCCACAACCUUUGAAUUGCUACAUUCUAAGAUCUAGAAGUCCAAUGCGCUAUCCAUUGCGCCACGGAGCCACCUGUUGGACAUUCGUGCUACAGCACAUAAAAGGUCUAUGUCAUUGGUCCAUACGGCAGCCUUUCUGGGAUUAUGGCACAUUCAGGAGAAUGCCCUAACGAUAGACAUAAAUACGCAGACGCCGCAUCGAGCGCUAUACCUGAUGUUAACGUCAUCGCCAUGUUGGAUGUGUCACGAGUCGGAGCGGAGAAGACGCCUCAUUCAUGUACUGCAUGGAAGUGUACGACUCGUUUUACUGCCCAAACCAAAUCCCAGGGAACAACCUUUCACAUGAAAGACAAUUACCUUUGUUAGUAUUUGCCUAUAGACUGCACGAUUACGUCAUUAUAACAUCAUUUGAGAGCAUAAUUUCCCGACGUUGUGGAAAUUCAGUAUUUAUUUUACCAAUGUUACAAAAUUUUGAAAUCUGUAAAAUGAAGUCUGUGAUUAUUUCUCUCUGACAAAGCAUGACUUGAACUUUAAUUUGAUACUUCAUUCACUUAAAUGCUGCCAUCAUUAGCUACCAAUAGUUUACUGUAUGUCCUUUUGCCAUCAUUAGAUUCUCUCUGUAUUAUCUCAAAAUCUGGGCAGUCCUGACAUUGCAGUUCAGGGGUGUCCAAGUAAACUGUGGGAAUUAAAAGUGACGUCAAUAGACGUCAAUAAGAUGAGAUGGACAGGUCAGCUGUCUCGCCUUGCACACGGUCACUGCUUGGCUGAGGCUGAUGUAAGUGUAGUCCUCUUGAAUUCUCUCUCGAUCACCCUCUCUGUCAUGCUCCUAAAGCUGUUUCAAAUUAUCAUCAUGAGGAGCAUACACUGUGGACUCCAGUUCCUCCACAAUAGGCUGUUGUGCAGGGCUUUCCCACAAUGCAUGAGGUAAAAGGGUGUAGAUGGCCAGUUGCUUCCUCUCCCCAUUUUCUGUGAGAACACUCAGGCCCAACUCUCUCAGGACAUCCUUAUCUCCAGAGGAGAAGGCAGGGUCAAAAGCAAAACAGUCUUUGAGUGGAAUCUUUCAGCAUCCAGGAGCAGGAGCAUCAUGGCCCGGCUGGUGACGUGCAGACACACACGAGGAAAAGGAAAAAAAAAUGUCUUUCCGGCGGGGCGUGGUCAGGCAGAGCAAGUUCCGCCAUGUGUUUGCUCAGGCGUGGAAAGCCGAGCACUGCAUCGACGAUGUCCGUGUGUCCCGCGUCACUUGGGACAGCCCGCUGUGUGCCGUCAACCCUAAAUUCAUUGCUGUCAUAGUGGAAGCUGGAGGAGGCGGGGCCUUCCUCGUCGUCCCCAUCGGCAAGAGCGGCAGGAUCGAUCAGUCCUGUCCAAUGGUGUGUGGACAUGCCGCGCCUGUGUUGGACAUCCAGUGGUCUCCUCAUGAUGAUAAUAUCAUAGCAAGUGCCUCAGAGGAUUGCACCGUAAAGGUGUGGCAGAUCCCCGACGGGGGACUGAUGGCACCCAUGACUGAGGCUAUCGUCACCCUUGAGGGGCACAGUAAAAGGGUGGGCAUCUUGGCGUGGCACCCUACCGCCUUCAACAUCCUCUUAACUGCAGGCUGCGACAACAUGAUUCUGGUGUGGAACGUGGGCACGGGGGAGUUGGUGUACCAGCUGGCCGACGCCCACCCGGACCUGAUCUACAGCGUUAGCUGGAACAAGAAUGGGAGCGCUGUGUGCACUGUGUGCAAAGACAAGGCCUUACGCGUUAUCGACCCUCGCAGGGGGACCGUCCUUAAAGUGAAAGAGAAGGUCCAUGAUGGUACUAGACCCAUGAGAGCCGUGUUCCUCUCUGAUGGAAAGAUCUUGACGACGGGAUUCAGCCGCAUGAGUGAGAGACAGCUAGCACUAUGGGACACGAAAGAUCUCUCUGAGCCGAUGGCCGUACAAGAAAUGGACACGAGCAACGGCGUACUUUUACCAUUUUAUGAUCCAGACACCAACAUGGUUUACCUGUUGGGAAAGGGUGACUGCACCAUCCGCUACUUUGAGGUGACGGAAGAAUCACCCUACGUUCAUUUCCUCAGCCUGUACAGCAGCAAGGAGCCCCAGAGGGGGGCAGGCUACCUCAGUAAGAGAG